GCCAAGCUAGCGAGACAAUCUGCUAAAUCUAUCGUUUUCAUUUCUUUAAGAUUUCAUGCGAACGAAAGAGUUGUAGACGAAAAAACAUCGCUGCAAAGAAAUAAAUUACGAAUUCAGAAUUUGAAGAUUAUAACAAACAAAAAAAAAACGAAUAUUAUUGUGGUUUUGUGAAAUUUUUGCGAACUAAAAUUUUAUAUUAAUAUAUUAAAAUAUUGUGCUGUUCUUGGAUAUUAAAAAAUAAAAAUAAAAAAAAAAUCUAUAAAGAAAUAUUUAAAUUAAAAUAAAUUAUUAAAAAAAUUGUGCAAAAAAAUAUUUAAAAUUUUUUAAGUGCAAAUAUUGAAAUUAAAGUUGAAUAUUAAAAAUUAAAAUUUGAACAAAUAUAUUAAAAUAAUAAAAUUAAAAAAUAAAAAUUUUACGCUGUGAAAAGUGCCGUUGUUGACUGUGAAUACCCUUAUCGUCAGCUUGUGCGUGAGUGUGAUCGUAAAUUUUUAAACAAUUUUACAACAAACAAAAAAUCAACGCCAAAAUGUCGACACAAUUGGAGUUUAUCAUGCAACUGUAUAUGAUGAAUUUGUUGCAACAACAACAGCAACAACAAUUGCAGCAGCAACAACAACAGCAGCAGUUACAUAAUCUUCCCUCACCCAGUAAGCGUGAAAUGGAGAUGGACAUCAGCAGCAGCACAAUGACAACAGCAACAACAUUUAUCGAUCAAACAACACAACAACAACAGCAGCAGCAGCAACAUCAGCAGCCACACAAUCCAAGAACGCAUUCACGCAAAAAUUCGCAAACCACUACCACAACCACCAACUGUAGUAGUAGCAGUAGUUGUACCACCCGUAGUCCUAAUAGUAAUUCCAACUCCUCAAUAGCCAUACAACAACAGCAACUACACAAUACACAACACAACAAACUCUCCCCCCUACAACAGUUGCUGCUCGGCCAAUUGUCAGCACCACCGCCACCAAUGCUAGCGACCACACCGCCCGCACUUACCACACCGUCGAAUUUACUGUUAACACCAACAACACCGAAUUCGUCGGGCAUAUCUGCAGCGGCGGCGCUAUCAUUGGCAGCGGCUGCUUACAACGUGUCGGCCGGCAGUCAACUUCCCUUUCAAACACACACUUUCCCCACAAACGAUUUAGCUUGUAAUGCAAGCAUUGUUACAGCUGGUAAUUUUCUUCAAUCUUCUACAGUGACAUCUACGCCCACCGAAGUUGAAGAGCGGAGGUUAGAAGAGGAAGCUGAGGUGGGGGCGGCGGCAUCAACGCAACUGGAAACGGAAGAUUGCAGUCCAUUGGACAAUGCUUCGACCACAUCCAACGACGUUGAAGAUGAUGUCAGUGACACCGAUUUAUCCGACAGACGGACAGAUCGUUGGCGUGAGUGUAGGAAAGCAAAUGUAGAAGAAUGUGGGAUAAGGGCGCAACAACAGCAAAACGAUGAUGUAGUCGAAGCUGUAGAGGCGCUGGAUGAUGAUGAGGAGGAGGAUGAGAAGCCUUUGGCUAGUCUGUUACAUAGUACCACGGAAACACGUUGCCUCAGAACGAGUAGUAAUGUGAAUGCGCAAAAUUCCUCGAACUCUUUAGAUGGCUGCUCGAGUGUGCCUUAUGUAACACCGACGAAACAACCGGCCGAUUCUACGCAUUACCUGCCCCAACAGAGCUCUACCAACUCUCAAGACACCGCCGGCUCAUUCAUACAACUCACAGAAAAUGAGAGUGCGAACAUGACACCAAUGUCGCUGGCAAAAACUCUACUUACACCACCAUCCAGUGACCAGUUGCCCACAGCGCAUAGCAAAAAACAGAGUCUGCAUCCAAGCACACAAACGCUAAAUGUUGAGCCCAACCAACAAACUGUUGGGGUAACUGCGCUCACCGGCACAUCAGCCAUAAUGAGUCUUAACACCGUCGGCAGUUUGGAUGCCUUCUUGCAAAAUGAAGAGAAUCUCAAGAAUCUGCGCAAAGUCUCCUCUUAUUUGGAGUGUGAAAAUGCGCUCUGUCGUCAGGAGAAUCUACGCGAACAUUUUCACUGUUUCGAUGAGCCCUGUCAGGGUAAGAUAUUGAGCAAGAAGGAUGAUAUCAUACGACAUUUGAAGUGGCAUAAGAAACGCAAGGAGAGUUUAUUGCUCGGUUUUGCGCGCUUCUCCGCUUCGGAUGACUGUGAACCAGCUUAUGGCGCUGGUUGCACGUACUGCUGGAAGCAAACACAUUAUCACUGCGUCUACGAGGAUUGCCCGAAGGUAUAUGUAAGCACCAGUGAUGUGCAGAUGCAUGCGAAUUUCCAUCGCAAGAACUCAGAAAUCGUACAGGAAGGUUUCCGACGCUUCCGCGCACAUGAAAAUUGCAAAAUCGAAGAUUGUCCAUUUUAUGGCAAGAAGACGUCGCAUUAUCAUUGCUGCCGUGAGGGUUGCAAUCACACGUUCAAGAACAAGGCUGAUAUGGAUAAACACAAGUCCUAUCAUCUGCGUGACUAUCAGCUCACACAGGACGGCUUCAAGAAGAUACUAAAGACCGAGAAUUGUCCUUUCGAUGGUUGCAAAUUCUCCACUGUCUGCAAUCACAUUCAUUGUGUGCGCGAGGGCUGCAGUUAUAUUCUGCAUUCCAGCAGUCAAAUGAUCAGCCAUAAGCGCAAGCAUGAUCGUCUCGAUGGUGAGCAGGCAUAUCAGAAUUUCAAGAAACAGAAAGAUUCCAGCGGUGAGGACUCACCAGCCCCAAUCGCUACAACAAUAGCGACGUCGAAUACCAUUGCUGUUGCUAAUGUCACCACGCACACAACCACACCACUGUCUUCGCUCAGCGCAGAUCGCUUUUUGGCGCGCAAACGCGGACGUCCACCAAAGAAAAUUGAAUUGCCGGUAAAAACUGAGUCAACUAAACGCAUCAAGUUGGAGCACACCACUGAACAACUGGCUGCCACUGCUGCUGCUACCGCCCAACUUGCCAGCAGCAAUGUUGCCAACAACCCACAAAUGCCCGGCGUUGCAGCUGGUCUCUUUCCACCAACCUUCCUGCCGAACUUCAAUGCUGCCACCGCAGCCGCGGCUGCUGCUGCUGCUGCACAGAGCAUGCAAAUGCAAGAUCCCAAUACGCCAAAUAUGCAGUUGACGCACCUGAUGGCACUGUUCCAACUACAGAACCCACUUUUCUACCAAAACCUCUAUCCAGGUGGUAUGCCAGCUAAUAUGGCGAAUAUGUUGGGCGCGGCGGCGGUAGCUGGUGUAAUGCCACCCGCAAGCGGUCUUUAUGGUAAUAUGCCAGCUUUUAGUGGACCAGCAGGUACAACCAUCAAAUCGGAAUAUGGUGAGAAACAGCAGCAGUACAAGGAGUGAAAGUGAGCGUCUAACAAAGGAGUUUGUUGAAUAGGUUUUGGCGACAGGGGUCGCCUACGGCAAAUUGCUUUGGGAAACUUGUGGUUUUGUAGUUUGAAAUAUUGCAAUUAAAUUUGCACGCCAUGCUUUGGGCAUCGUAGGUCCUCAAGGGGUUAUCUGUUAGUUGUUUUGACAAUCCGAGGACAUAAACUUGUACCGUGACCGUGUGAGUUGACAACUAAAAAGCUACAGUGCAAGUUAUUGCAAAAGCUUUAAGCGCGCUUUCGCUCGAUAAAAAGGAAAACGUAUCGCGUACAAAUAGGGUCUAAUUUAGGACAUGCAAAUGGUGAGCACUUAGUGGAGCCAUUAUUUUUGCGAUCGUACAUAUGUUUUCUGGGUGAAUAAAGAUACUUUAGUUAGAUGUCUCUCUAGCGAAAUUAUAAGCCUGUGAAGUUGGUCUCACUUUUAGAAAAAAAAAAAUCAAAACUUUCAUUUUGAGUCCAUAAUGAUGCAGAUAAAGUUCGCUAGAUCAUAAAUAUUUCCAGUUCAGCCCUCAUUAAAUUAUAUUUAUAAUUUUAUCUCGGAAAAAGCUUCUUUGGCAACUUUUCUAAAAUUGUGAAAGCUCAUCGUUUAAAGCUCUAAGCUUCAUUCAAUGUUAGUUGUUACACAAUUGGAAAAGCUGGCAAAAAACCUUUUUGGGUGUCUUUUUUGUCUUCCGGAUUAAAAUUGAUAGUGUUCGAGUGUUAGAUAAGAUGAGACUUUUUAACUGUUUUGAGAUAUUAAUUUUUUUUCAAAUGAACUGAAUAAAUACAUAAAACUUUCGUAGAAUCAUUUUAAAAUAUCUUUUAAUAAAAAAAAUUAAUUAACAAAUUAUAACUGUGAUUUUUAUAUUAUUAUUGUAAAUAA